ACCUUUCUCCCAAGAAAAAACAAUCGAGGGAAAUGAGUAGUAGGGUUGGGUUCUUCUGAUCUUCUUCUCCCGCUCACGGUAAGUAACUGUUGGAGGGUACAAUACAACCGCAACUCCACGACUGGGUGAGAGUCGAUACCUUGGGAGUGGGAGAGAUUCCACUCAGGAGGAGAUCGGAGAUUCUUUCUCCUUCCCUCCUUCCUUCCUCUCUCUCUCUCUCUCUCCAUUUUCCUGUACUGAGCGGAAAAUGCCAACCAUCACUAGGAUCUACACCCUGCAACAAGCUGCAGAGCAUAACAAAAGAGACGAUUGCUGGGUCGUCAUCGAUGGAAAGGUAUACAAUGUGACAGAUUAUUUGGAUGAGCACCCGGGUGGAGAUGAUGUUCUACUUGCAGCAACUGGGAGGGAUGCCACUGAGGAUUUUGAAGAUGCAGGGCACAGUAAUGACGCAAGGGAACUCAUGAAAGCAUAUUGUAUUGGGGAACUGGAUCUUUCUCCUCCUCCUCCUAUCGAAAAGGAAAAAGCAGGACUGAUCCACAAGAUCUGGGAUGUUUGCACAAUCCCAUCUGCGCAGGAUUAUGCUAUUCUAGCAACCAUUGUUGGCAUGUCUGUGGCAGCUGGCGUUUUUUAUUUGCGCAGGAAGUAGAGCCAUAAAUUCCUUUUCUGGCAUAUACAUUAAAAGAAAUUUUGAGCUUUUGAGGACAGAAUCAAUCUGUCAUUUGGAGAGGUUUCUCUUAUUUCUUAUUUCUUUUAUUAUUCUAAACAUACGAUCAUAAGAGGAUUUGGAUACACCCAUGCAUGAUGAAUUUCUGCACUCCUCGAGUCUUGUCAAAUGUCUUUGAUAGAUUA